AUGUCCGACUAUGGAGACAAUGACGAGAUGGACAUCGAUGUUCCGAAACCUUCCAAUGACAUUCAAUUCUCUUCAGCCAACACUGACGCCAAAGGGAAACGCAGCGCUGCCAAUCUCCCCGUCGAGCUCGAAGACAACCUCCCGUGGGUUGAAAAGUACCGUCCCAACACGCUCUCCGACGUGAGCGGCCAUCAAGACAUCCUCUCCACAAUCAACAAAUUCGUCGACUCCAAUCGUCUUCCACACUUGCUCCUCUAUGGCCCUCCCGGUACAGGCAAGACCUCCACCGUCCUAGCUCUGGCGCGGAGAAUCUACGGAAACAAGAACAUGAGACAGAUGGUCCUCGAACUCAACGCCUCCGACGACCGCGGAAUCGACGUCGUACGCGAACAGAUCAAAACUUUCAGCUCCACGAAGCAAAUCUUCGCAGGCUCUUUCGACAAAUCCGCCCAACAGGACAACAGUGUCGGGCAUUUCAAGCUGAUUAUUCUGGAUGAGGCGGAUGCGAUGACGAGUACGGCACAGAUGGCCCUGCGACGGAUCAUGGAAAAGUACACGGCGAAUACGAGAUUUUGCAUUAUUGCGAAUUAUACGCAUAAGCUCAGUCCCGCUCUUCUGUCGCGAUGCACGCGUUUCAGGUUUUCGCCGUUGAAAGAGAGGGAUAUACGACAAUUGGUGGAUAGGGUCAUUGCGGAGGAGGGCGUACAUAUUGCUCCGGAAGCAGUUGAUUCGCUCGUCACGCUUGCAAAGGGAGAUAUGCGACGUGCACUGAACGUGCUGCAGGCUUGUCAUGCUUCUUCGACACCCUUGCACGUUCCCGGGGAACCGGUGAAAGAAGGCAAAGAUGUGGAAAGGGAUCUGAUCACGCAGGAGACGAUAUAUGACUGCAUUGCGGCGCCGCAUCCGGGAGAUAUAAAGACUAUUGUUAAGACGUUGUUGAUGACGAAGAAUGUAGGCUCAUGUUUGAGUACGAUCACAACGCUGAAGAAGCACAAGGGUCUGGCGCUGGCGGACAUCCUGACUGCGUUGGGCGAGGAGUUGACGGAGGUUGAUGUGCCUGCGCAGACGCGAGUUGCGUGGCUAGAGGGCUUGGCGGAUAUUGAGUACCGUCUGAGUGGAGGCGGUAGUGAGAAUGUACAAACCGGUGGACUUGUGGGUGUGGUGAGGAACGGAGUGGGAAUGAUGGAGAAGGCGAAAGCAUAA